CUCGUAAACCCAACAAUCAACAAUCUCGGUGGAACAUUGGACCGGUAGAGUAUUGACAAAAUCGUACCGAUCAUUUCCAUUCCAAAGCAGUUCCUAUUAUCGACCUUUCAUAGACGGUCUUGUAAUUCAUAAUUACCCUUUAGGCUGAUCCACAAGAAGAAACAGUACAUGUAGAAGCAUACUGUUCGACUUUAAGCGUAUCAGGACUCAGAUAUCAACAAUACAAAAUGGCAAUCCCUAUCAAAGCUGCGAAGAUCCUCUCACAGAGGAGUCAUCUUGUUCCUGGCAAGAUGAGAAUAACCGAGCAUUUCUUCCAAGUGCCUCGCGAUCAUUCCAACGAAUCCCUAGGCACCAUUCAACUCUUUGCUCGCUCGGCUAGGAAGGCAGAGAAACCAGCAGACUAUAACCCGAGCCCUGCAGAGAAAUCCAAUCCCGACGAGAUCAAAAAGUCUCAACUUCCCUGGCUUAUAUACCUUCAAGGUGGUCCCGGCUUCCAAUGCAGCUCCCCGCAAAAUGUCGCUUGGACUCAGACCCUUUUGGACAAGGGAUAUCAAGUUCUGCUACUUGACCAACGAGGCACGGGUCUAUCCAAUGCCAUCUCGCAGUCUAGUCUCCAACUCCGUGGAGACGAGGCAGUGCAGGCCGAGUACAUGAAGUCUUUCCGUGCAGACUCGAUCGUAAGAGACUGCGAGGCCAUUCGCAAAGCAUUGACAGUCGACUAUCCAGAGGAAAAGAAGAAAUGGAGCGUCAUGGGCCAGAGUUUCGGCGGAUUCUGCACUGUCACGUACCUAAGUUUCUAUCCCGAGGGCAUCAAGGAAGCAUUCUUGUUCGGUGGGCUGCCGCCUGCUAGGCGGGGACCCGAUGAUGUGUACACUCGGUUGUAUCGCCGGGUGAGGGACAGGAACGAGAAAUAUUAUGCCAAGUAUCCGGAGGACGUCGAGAGGGUGAGACGCAUCGUGAACUUGCUCUCAAGAUUUGGAGAUACUACUGUCAGAGUACAGGGUGGGGAAGGAUAUCUAAGCGCAAGGCGAUUCCAGCAACUAGGAAUCUUCUUUGGAAAGCAUGGUGGAUUUGACGACGUGCACCAGCUUGUGUUAAAAGCGGACACGGACCUAACACAGUUCGGCCACUUGACAAGACCAACAGUUCUCGCCAUUGAGGCUGCGGAAUCCUGGGAUUCGAACGUUAUCUACACGUUAUUACACGAGCCUCUGUAUUGCUCUGGCACAGCAUCCAAUUGGUCUGCGGAGCGCGUCAUGAAGUCGUACCCUGAAUUCAUGCUUUCCUCCGAGGAAGAAGAUGCCGAUCGACCAGUAUACUUCACUGGAGAAAUGGUGUUUCCAUUCAUGCUGGAGAGUUACUCAGAGUUGAAGAAGCUGGCGCCAGUGGCGCAAUUACUAGCGAACGACUCGACAUGGCCCGAGUUGUACGAUUGGUCCCAAUUGAGGAAGAACGAAGUUCCUGUAUAUGCGGCUGUCUAUCUGGACGACAUGUAUGUGGACUUUGACCUCAGUAUGGAGACUGCAGGAAAGAUCAAGGGCUGUAGACCGUUUGUGACAAAUGUCAUGUACCAUGACGCGAUCAGGAGCAAAAUGGACGAAGUAGUCAAGAACAUCUGGGCGCUGCGGGACGACGUGAUCGAUUAGAUCUUGGGUUGAAUUUAUUUGUUCGACUCGUGUUCUAUCUAAUGAGUUUCAAGAUACUAACAGAUGGUGGUAUCAAAUGUUAGCCCUCGCGCCUUGGUAUAUCUUCCGUGCCUUCUCGAUUUGCGCUGGCAAAUCCUCGUUCCAAACCCAUUCCAUCCUGUGCUUCAUGUUCUGCUCCACCUUAUCGAGAUCAUCACCCUCAAGCUCGAAAUCAUACAGUUGCCCUGCCUCUUUACUUGUGACAACAUUCUUCAAGCUUCGGGGUCUCCUGACCUCGUCGUAAGCACUAAAGGCUCUCUCGACAUCGGCUACAUUCUUCGCGUCCUUGAGUAAGCUGCCCAAAACAAGGGAAUCUUCAAUAC